AUGCGAGCUGUUGCGGGCAUAUUGAUAAUCGUCCUGAAGACAAUGGUUUUGGCCACUGACCCUAGUCCAUUGCAGAUCACAGUCCUUUACGAAGCUCUGUGUUCGGACUGCAUGAAACUGUUCACACAAGUGUUGUCUAAAUUUGGUCCAGCACUGCCGAGAUUUGCACACAUCGAGCUCGUACCCUAUGGCAAUGCGAAGAGAACUGAAGCAUACGGCAUGCAGCAAUUCCAGUGUCAGCACGGGCCUCAAGAAUGCGUUAUGAAUACCUUCCACUCCUGUGCCAUCCACGUAUUGAACAACGAAGCUCGAUCGCUCGCAUUCGUCACAUGCCUUGAGGAAGGCCGUUGGAAGGAGCUCGACAACCAUUACACGGUCAGUGAAUGCUUUCGAUUUCUUCGUGUCAGUCCCGACGAGCAGUCACAAAUCUGGAGCUGCAUGGUGAACGGACUUGGAAUACAACUGCAGGAAAAAAUGGCCAGAAUAACAGAAAGCGUACGCCCAGAAAAGCACACAUCUGUCCCUUGGAUCGUGAUUAACGGUGUGAGCACGAAGGCAAUGCAACUCCAGCAAGACCAUCUUUUCCAACUUUUCUGCCUUCGAUAUCGUGGUCACAUACGCCCUCCCGGUUGUUGA